AUGGACAUUCUGGAUCAGAUGAUCCCUCCACAACUCAACCCUCAGGUCCCUGUACUACCACUGUUGCCAGGGAACCAGGUAGACCACACCCCCUCCUGGAACUCCUCCUCCUCACCUCAACAGGUCUCUGACCUACCACAGUUGCCAGGGAACCAGACCACGAGUUCCUCUGAGUCCCAGAGCUCUGACCAGAGCCACUCAUCAGAGAGUAGCAGUGACUCCCGUAGCAGCAGCAGCAGUAGCAGUGACUCCCGUAGCAGCAGCAGUAGUAGCAGUGACUCCCGUAGCAGCAGCAGCAGUAGCAGUGACUCCCGUAGCAGCAGUAGUAGUAGCAGUGACUCCCGUAGCAACAGCAGCAGUAGCAGUGACUCCCAUAGCAGCAGCAGUAGUAGCAGUGACUCCCGUAGCAGCAGUAGUAGUAGCAGUGACUCCCGUAGCAGAAGCAGCAGUAGCAGUGACUCCCGUAGCAGCAGCAGCAGUAGCAGUGACUCCCGUAGCAGCAGCAGCAGUAGCAGUGACUCCCGUAGCAGCAGUAGUAGUAGCAGUGACUCCCGUAGCAACAGCAGCAGUAGCAGUGACUCCCAUAGCAGCAGCAGCAGUAGCAGUGACUCCCGUAGCAACAGCAGCAGUAGCAGUGACUCCCGUAGCAGCAGCAGCAGCAGUGACUCCCGUAGCAGCAGCAGCAGUAGCAGUGACUCCCGUAGCAGCAGCAGCAGUAGCAGUGACUCCCGUAGCAGCAGCAGCAGUAGCAGUGACUCCCGUAGCAGCAGCAGCAGUAGCAGUGACUCCCGCAGCAGCAGCAGCAGUAGCAGUGACUCCCGUAGCAGUAGUAACCCGACAGAUCACAAUGACUCCUCCAAAUCAAGUGAUUCUGUUGACUCUAACACCUCUAGUGAUUCAAGCGAUUCCUCCAAGUCAAGUGACUCUAGCGAUUCAAGUGAUUCCAGCGACUCAAGUGAUUCCAGCGACUCAAGUGAUUCCAGCGACUCAAGUGAUUCCAGCGACUCAAGUGAUUCAAGUGACUCUAGCGACUCUAGCGACUCUGACUCUAGCGAUUCAAGCGACUCUAGCGACUCUAGCGAUUCUAGCGACUCAAGUGACUCUAGCGAUUCUAGCGACUCAAGUGACUCUAGCGAUUCUAGCGACUCAAGUGACUCUAGCGAUUCUAGCAACUCAAGCGAUUCUAGUGAUUCUAGCGACUCUAGCGACUCAAGUGAUUCUAGCGACUCAAGUGAUUCUAGCGACUCAAGUGAUUCUAGCGACUCUAGCGACUCAAGUGACUCUAGUGAUUCAAGUGACUCUAGUGAUUCAAGUGAUUCUAGCGACUCAAGUGAUUCUAGUGACUCAAGUGAUUCUAGCGACUCUAGCGACUCUAGUGAUUCAAGUGACUCUAGUGACUCUAGCGACUCAAGUGACUCUAGUGAUUCAAGUGACUCUAGUGAUUCAAGUGACUCUAGUGAUUCAAGUGAUUCUGGCAAUACAAGUGAGUCAAGCAACUCUAGUGAUUCUAAGUGAUUCUAAAACUUAAAGUGAAUCAAUCUCCACAGACAAAUAACGGCAGUGACUCUAGUACCAGCUCGGCAGCGAGAGACAGAGAGGAGAGAGAGACAACAAGACAGAGAAAGACAGAGAGAGAGAGAGAGAGAGAGAGAGAGAGAGAGAGAGAGAGACAGAGAGAGAGAGACAGAGAGAGAGAGAGAGAGA